AUGACUGUGAUAACAAGAAUGCCUAAAGCAGUUACAUUUAACAAAAUCUCUUUAUCAUUCAUGGAUCCAAAAGAAGUCAUGAAAUUUCCCAUAGCAGUUGACACGAGAAUUAGGCUGCUGACCUUUGCAAGCCUGUCGGUAACAGCCCACAUGUUAGUCGUAAGAUCAACGGGCAGCUUCAUUGCCACUUGUAACAACGACAAAGUGGCAGCAUUCAUCGAGAAGUACUUCGAUGGAAACCAUAAUUUUUUGGUUCGGAAUCCAUGGAACACGUCGGCUGUCAUUGCCAGGGAGCAGACUAAAGAGGCUGCAGCAACAUACAUGCCUAUCCAUGGAAUGGGAGCCUCAAGUUGCCGUUGCACAUCUCCAGCAUUUUUGUUGCUUGGCUUUAUAAAACAAAAGCACCAAGCCCUAUUGGAGAGUGAAGUGCUUUCUUCUCAAUUUCGCUUCUCCCUUUCCCCUUCCCCUUGCACGAUCCCUCAUCACUUGCAAGUGAUGUCGCUAAGCACCUAUGAGAGAAUGAAUCAACGGGCAGCUUCAUUGCCACUUGUAACAAUGACAAAGUAG